AUGUUUUUGAGAAAAAAACCUCCACAAAUAUCGACACUAGACGAGCUUCAACAAACGUAUAAUGAUUGUUGUAAUUUGACGAUAAAAAACCUAACAUUGGAAGAAGAAAACAACGUGGAAGAUGCUUUGAAAGGUUGGAAAAGCUUGCAUACCUCAUUAUUAUACAAAUUGGAUAUAUUUGAUAAAAUGAGUUCAAAAUUGAAUCCUGAAGAGAAGACAAUAUUGGGCGAGUUAAAGGGAAUUCGUGAUGAAAACAUCAAGCACUUGAUACGUGUACAAUUACGAUUGGAUGAAGUGAAUCGAAGAAAGCAUAGGGAAGCAAACCAUGGAGCACCACCUCCACCGCCACCGCCAAGAUCAACUGUGAGCAAUAGUACUAGCAACAUAAAUGUCCCACUGACACUAAGAAAUUCGUCGUCACAGUCAACGUCAGCAGGUGGUGCUGCUUCCAGACCUAUGAUGAAAUCGUUGCGCCCGCAUUCUAAUGGACACAGUGCAUCGUCGUCGUCAUCAUUAUCCAAAACUCAUGCCAGAUUGAAGCCCAAAUCAGUUCAAGAGGCAUCAACUGCAGCAAGUGCAUCAUGGACUAAACCCAUAACUUCACAACAAAAAUAUCAAAUAUCGAAAUCAAAUUUGAAGAGUAAAAAGGAUGAUUUAUUCCAAGAUUUUGAUCAGGAUACUUAUACACCCAAUCGAAAUGAUAGUGGUAAUUGGGAAAAAUUUGCAAAUUCUCGAUCGUCGUCGGGAUUGUCAGAAUACUCAAAUGAAGAAGAUGGGGGUGAUUACAAUUUAAUAGAUCUAGAUGAUUAUAAUGGUAACGGAAGUCUAUCACAUUCAAUGGAUGAUUUAACAAUAAAACCAGUGAUUAGUCCCAAAGAUGCUUCAUCAUCUUCAGCAUACACAUCAAUACCCGCACAGCAACAUCAUACUCCAGUACAGUCUAAAUCACUGGCAGGAAAUGCAAACAAGUCUAAUGGUUUAUUAAGACCAUCCCAGCAAAUGGAACACAUUUCUAAAAGUACUUCGGAUAUAAGAACAAAACCAAAGAUCCCCUACGUUUAUACUAAACCCAAACCAAUGAACAUUCAAAGGCUAAUGAGACAACUGGCUUCACAAUCCAAAUCAUCGCCAUCGUCGUCGUCGCCGUCGAACAAGCCAGUAACUACAAGUAAAGUUGCAGCUACAACAGCCGGUAAAACUGCAAAGCCCAAGCCUAAAUCAAAUAUUACAUAUAAUUUUGUCCGUGCACCAGCACCAGGAAAACUUAAAGCAGCAAAUUCUACCCCUACUACUACUAGUAGACCGCGUACUAAUGGAGCCUCAGCUGGUACUGUCAAUAAACAGGGAAGUAAACAACCAUCAACUUCAGUACGACGCCCCAGCAAGCCAGCAGAAGAUGAGCAAAUCAAUAGUCCCACAAUGGAUGAUUUACUUAGUGGGUACGAAGAUAAUCCUCAAAAUGAUUUAGAUGAAGACGAUAACUCCAAAAACUUGAUUUUGACUAAUGAAAAGCAUCAAGACAAAUUGAUUGCAUCUAUUAGAGGCAUUGAUCCUACUGCAGCAAAGCAAAUAUUAAAUGAUGUUGUGGUUCAUGGAGAUGAAGUUUAUUGGGAUGAUAUAGUUGGGUUGGAAGGAGCUAAGAACUCACUUAAAGAAGCUGUCGUGUAUCCAUUUUUACGUCCAGAUUUGUUCAGAGGGUUACGAGAACCAACUAGAGGGAUGCUAUUAUUUGGGCCACCAGGAACUGGGAAAACUAUGUUAGCUAGAGCAGUAGCUACAGAAUCCAAUUCUACAUUUUUCAGCAUUAGUUCAUCCUCGUUGACAUCAAAAUAUCUCGGUGAAUCAGAAAAGUUGGUGAAAGCAUUGUUUUUGUUAGCAAAGAAAUUGGCACCUCUGAUUGUGUUUAUGGAUGAAAUUGAUUCAUUAUUAGGAGCUCGUACUGAAGGUGAGAUUGAAAGUACCAGAAGAAUUAAAAAUGAGUUUUUGGUUCAAUGGUCUGAAUUAUCUAGUGCCGCUGCUGGAAGAGAAACUGAUGAUGGUGAUGUAUCGCGAGUUUUGAUUUUAGGAGCAACCAACUUGCCUUGGUCAAUUGAUGAAGCUGCUAGAAGAAGAUUUGUUAGACGCCAAUACAUUCCAUUACCAGAAGAUGAAGCGAGAAUAUCCCAAAUCAAAAAAUUGUUGAAAUACCAGAAGAACACAUUAGAUGAUUCUGAUUAUAAUAAAUUAAUUGAAUUGACAAAAGGGUUUAGUGGGAGUGAUAUUACGGCUUUAGCCAAAGAUUCAGCAAUGGGUCCAUUGAGGUCAUUGGGAGAUAAACUUCUUUCCACGCCCACAGAGCAAAUUCGUCCUAUAAGCUUAGAAGAUUUUGAAAACAGUUUGAAAUAUAUUCGUCCAAGUGUAUCUUCUGAUGGAUUGAAAGAGUAUGAGGAUUGGGCUCUGAAAUUUGGAUCAAGUGGAGCAUAG